AUGAGCUAUUCGUUCCACGAGGAACGACGUUGUGUGGUACUUGACGGGUACGGGAUUGCCGCCAGGGUUCCGUGUGACCAUAUGGCUUUGCCGUUUUGUGAGAUCACAGUCGAUUGGAGCGGAUUGUUGGACAAGCGACCAAACUACACAGAUACCAGUCCAUUGUGGACUAGUAACAAGGUUGCAUCAAACUCACGGACAAAUCCCUGGCAGGAGGUUGAACCUGUCAUCACUUCACCCCCAGAGCCAACAGAAGCACCACCCUUUGGAGAGGGAGAUGAGAAUGAUGAGGACGAUGAAGAUGCCUAUUAA